GAAGCUGUAACGCGAUUUCUCGGCUUUUUCAUCGCCGCCCAGCCACCCCGCCGCCGGAUUGAUUACGCUCUGCUUUAGUUACAUCGCAUCGGCCACGACGGUCAAAGAAAGAACAACGGCCAUUUCGCUUUUCAGUCUGGCCGGUUCGACGGCCUUCGUCCUCGGACCAGUUUUCAGUUGGCUUUUUCACCGCUGGGUGUUGGCACGUACAUCCCCAUUGGCGGCGUCCCAGUAGAUAUCAGUCGAUGAUGCCGCUUCCGCCAGCCUGGUGGUAGCGCUUGUCAAACAAAUGGAUACCCCGUCAGCCACCGGAUGAUGAUCCACCGCCUCUCAGCCGGAGUAAAAAUGUGAAAAGUGCGCUCUCAUGCUUGAAUUUCCCCCGAAUUUAAAGUUUCGAACGCGGAUUUUCCCCGUUGAUGCUGCUAGAAUGCGACGGUGGCUGCUGUUGUGAACGACACGAUUAGAUGCAUAACAUGGUGUCGAGCUCAAGUUACUAUGAGUAGUUCAGAUUUCUGUCAUAUGAAACCAUUAGCACCUGCUAGACGUGCGUCGUUCAAAUGCCAAUGACCAACAGCCACGUCAACAAUUAUUCACGACGACACUAUUAUGUAUACACAAGCCGCCGUCUUUGCCAGUUCAUUUCACAGAUAUUUCCUGAUCUUCACACAGUUUAAUAGACUCGCUGAAAUUCUUCAUCUUGAACUUUAAGGUUUUAUAAAACAAAUAUUCCCCUCACAAGCUGAAAAAUGGGCAGAAAAAGAGGAAAGCAGACAAGCGGAAAAACACAGGGUGGACAAGUAGGUGCUGAAGCACAGCAAGCAGCCACGGAAAUGGAGUCUCAACUUCCGCAAAGAAUGACCCAGAGACCUGCUGGUGCGCCCCACCAACCACGUCCUUCUGCUCCUCAUGGACAACAGCCUCAUUCGAUCACUCCCCGAACCCAACGCCUAGGAGCUCAGGGUGCAGCACUUCGCCCCCCUCCACGCAGUGCUGCAGGUGGCGUAGGAACUUUAGGUCGGCCGAUCAAGCUUUCUGCCAAUCAUUUUGCCGUCGAUAUGAAGAAACCGAUUCUUUAUCAUUACGACGUUGAAGUCAAACCUCUUCCCCCGAAAACGCUUCUCAAAAAAAUCAUCGGGCAGUUUCUAGGUAGCGACUCACGUUUCAAAGACAUUUUUCCGGUUUUUGAUUUGAAAAAGAACAUCUACACAGCUCGUCGGAUUCCGGGCUUGGAUUCAAAGGUUGAAAUCAAUUUGGAAUUUCAAGAGUUGGAUUGUGAUGGAACUCCCAGGUUGAACGAAUUCACCAUCAGCUUGCAACCCACUGGCAAAUUGGAAAUUGAUUUGGGGGCCCUGGCCAGUUACUGUCAAGGUGGUUCCGGUUCGUCCGUUAACAUACCCCUUCGUCCUAUUCAAGCCUUGGAUAUCGCAUUAAAAUAUGGCGCCGCUCAACGUUGUACACAGGUGAUGCUCGGAAGUUGCUUGCUUUCGAAGCCUGUUGCUGGAAGGAGCGGAGAACUCGGAGGAGGAGUUGAGGUCUGGUUUGGACAUUUCCAGUCCUUGCGUCUGGGUUGGAAACCGUUUCUUAAUGUGGACGCCACCCAACGUGCCUUUAUGAAAUCCGGCCUAGUUCACGAAAUAAUGGCAAACAUGUUCAGAGCUAGACCUGGUGAUAGGUUGAAAGAGCGCGACUACAAGGAUUUUCACAAGACAAUUGCCACCUUGAAGGUUUCCUACAACCGCGGGAAAUACAAAGCCACGGUUGGAUGUAAUGGCAUUAAAGGAGCGGCCAACACGGAGAAAUUUGAAUGCGACGGCAAGACGGUCACGGUCCAGGAAUACUUUGAAAAGAAACUCAACCUGAAGUUGAAGUAUCCCGACCUUCCCUGUGUCUGGGUAGGAAGUCUAGAAAAGAAAAACUUGGUCCCAAUGGAGUUGUGCUCGAUCGCCGAAGGUCAAGAGUAUCGUCGCAAGUUGACUGACUUUCAAACGUCUGCCAUGAUCAAAGUUGCUGCCACAGCCGCUGAUGUUCGCAAGAAAAAAAUCCUCGAUUCCGUUCAUGGAAUGCAAUUUGCUCAGGAUCAAUAUGCUCAACAUUUUGGCAUUUCGGUCGAUACACAGAUGGCCAAAAUUCAAGGGCGAGUACUGCCUACGCCUAAGCUUGUUUACGGUGACAGAGAGUCGUCGUCAAUUUUUCCUAGAGACGGAGUUUGGAAUAUGAGAAACAUGAAAUUUAUCGAAGCCAAGUCGAUGAAUUCAUUUGGUUUAAUCGACAUCACUAGAUGCGGCGAUGGGGCUAUUGACUUGUUCAUUAGCGCAUUGACAAAAGCUGGUCGAGAAAUGGGCAUGUCAAUGGGGCAGCUACUUUUCAACAAGCCUUGUGGGAUUGAUAGCUUGGAAAGCACUAUGAAAACAGCUAAGCAGAAGUUUCCACAGCUUCAAAUCAUUUUUGUCAUCAUCAACCGCCAUCAAGGCGCUUACGAUAUUGUGAAGCGUGUUGGGGAUUUAGAUCUGAAAAUCACCACGCAAUGCGUACAGCAAAAGAACGUGACGGGAAGAAACGGACCAGAUCUGUCAAUCAUGGCCAACAUAUGCUUGAAGCUCAACGCUAAAUUAGGAGGAAUCAACAAUCUGAUUUCACGCGAUUUUCGCCCAAAGAUGUUAUUGAACGAACAAGUCAUCAUCAUGGGAGCUGAUGUGACGCAUCCUGGUGCCGACCAGCAAGAUUCUGAUAAACCUUCCAUCGCAGCCGUCGUGGGAAGUGUUGAUCCGCGCGCCUCGCAAUACUGCUGCGAGAUUCGAAUUCAAAAAUCAAAGCAGGAGUACAUUGAAGACAUGGAGACUAUGGUGUACAAUUUGCUGCGCAAAUUCAACAGGGUGUCUGGAGCCACUUCAACUGGCAAGCCACAGCGGAUCAUUUUCUACCGUGAUGGUGUGAGCGAAGGCCAAUUCGCAAAAGUUCUUGAAUGGGAGCUUAGCGCCAUUCGCAAGGCUUGCAUCAAACUGGAAGUUGGAUACCAACCACCAGUGACUUUCAUCGUAGUUCAGAAGCGCCACCAUACUCGUCUUUUCCCGGAUGAUCAGAGCGAUGAGUGUGGCCGUGGAAAGAACGUCCCACCUGGAACCAUUGUCGAUAACACGAUCGUGCAUCCCGUCGAGCAAGAUUUUUUCCUCGUUUCACACCAAGGAAUUCAGGGUACUAGUCGGCCGACCCAUUAUCACGUUCUCUGGGAUGAUAGCAAGUUUCUGGCAAACGACAUUCAAAUGCUGACAUAUUAUUUGUGUUACGUAUUUACCAGAUGCACUCGCUCUGUGUCGUAUCCAGCCCCGUGCUAUUAUUCGCAUCUGGUUGCCUUCCGUGGACGCCAGUACUAUGACAAUUUGACGGGAAAUCGUCAAGCCAUGUCUUCGGCUGAUCUGCAGACUCAUAUCGAUUCAACCCGUGAUUUGAGAUUCAUGUUUUUCGUUUAGACUUUAACAAUAAGUCGCUUAUUAUUUUUCUUUUCACCAGCUAAUUUUAUUAUUCACUUUUGCUGGUUUUAUCCAUCUCAUGAACUAAUUUACAUUCAAGAUGUAGGUAUAAUUUGUUUGGAAAAGGCAGACUAGUUUUCUUUUACGUGCUGAUUACCAUAUGUUCAUCCUUUGAAAUUAUUGACCAAUAAGACUUAAAUUGUGAUGGUUAUCUAAUCUCGUGGUCCAAUUAAGAGAAAACAUGUUCAUAUAUUCUCUGCACUUCAAUAAAUAUAUAACCAAGCUUA